AUGAAGUUCAUCUACACCACCAGCAUCAUCACUGCCAUCUUGGCCACUGUUGUCCCAGCCCUCCCUGUCGCCGAAGCCGACGCUAAUGUUGCUCCGGCCGCCCUUGAGAAGCGAGGAAGUACUCAAUUCGCCGUCUACACCGACUCCGCUUGUGGCGGUGGAGCCGUAAUUUUCACCGACGGAGCCGCUACAACCAAAGGAAACUUCGGAGCUACUCAACACAGCAUCAAGAUCUUGAGUUUAACUCCUAACUACCAUGUUACAUUCUAUUCGGGUCUUAACCAAGGAGGUAGCAAGGCUCAAUAUGGAACUGCUUCCGUUGGUGCAUGUGCUACCAAUGUUAAUUACUUGAGUUAUGGUUUUUAUUCUGGUGCUUAG